AUGUGUUCUCAAAUGCAGGUAGUGGUGUUAGCGGUGUCCCUUCUUGCAUUAGUGAGCAGGGUCAGAACAGCUCCCAGAACUGACUUACUGGCUCAUCAUCUCCAAAAUGAUGCAGACGACAAGGAGGAUCUUUCUCACAUACUUCUGCUGAAGCUCCUUUCCGAGCUGGAGAUCCCAAAUGAGAAUGACAGCGUUUCUGAUGAUGAUGUGGAGCUGAACCGCAUCCUACGCCAUCUUCCCUUAACCCAGCGUGGACGGAAAGCCGGCUGCAGGAACUUCUUCUGGAAGACGUUCACCUCCUGUUAGGCACACCAUUGUAUGAAAUGGCUGCGUUGGUGAUUUUAUUUUUAAAAGGAUGUAUAUGCUUUAGCUUAUGUUGUUAAUUCAACCUUCAUACUU